UCUUUGAUGCUCUUCGUCCCGCGCCAGGUAGCACUCGCCUCCCUACCCUCCGCCCCCGCCGCUGCCGCCGCCGCCGCCAUGGCCAAGGAGGAGGCCAAGAAGGAGAAGAAGAGCAAGAGCAAGGGGGCCGCCACCAAGGCCUCCCCCGGCCCCGACGCGCGGGUCCUCGCCGCCGUCGCCGCCUUCCUCGAGUCCAGCGGCCUCCCCCGCACGCUCGCCGCCCUCCUGUCCGAGGCCAACCUCGAGGGAGAUGCUUGGAGGUCGUCGCCGGUGAACCUGGAGGACGUGGUCUCCAAGUUGUUGGAAUCAAGCACUUCUGCUCCAGGAGCUGACAUUACCGCGAGCAAUGAGCAAGAGAAAACAGAUGAUGCCGUAGCAGAAGAGAAAGGCGUGGGCAAGAAAAAGAAGAACAAGAAAGGCGGUGCCGAAGCUCACGAGUCCGAGAGUAAGGCAAGUGAGCCCUCUGCCCCUGAAAAGCCCAGCGAGAAGGCGGAUGAUGAGACCAAAGAAAAGAAACGGAAGAAGAAGAAGGAUAGCUCAUCGGUGGGGGAUGAUGGCGAGGCAAAUGCAGUACUGAAGACUGAUGAUCAGAAGACUGAUGGCAAGAAAAAGAAAAGCAAGAAACAGGAGAAUGAUGAGGAUGUUGAAGCUAGGCUGGAAAAGGUGGAAUUAGCAGUAAAAGCCAAGUUUGAGGCGGCUGGGAAACUCAAGGAUCAUGACAAGAAAUCUGGAGAGGAUGAACCUAAGACUCAGAAUGACGAGGCUAAUGAGAACGGUUUGAGUGAUGGUGCUCCUCUGGAUAAGGGGAAGAAAAAGAAGAAGAGUAAAUCAACUUCAGAGACCUCAGAUAAGAUUGAUGCAGGAACUGCACCUGCCGAGGCAGAGGUGAAAUCUAAUGGUUCCAGUGAAAAUAAUAAUGCUGUGGGAGAAGGGAAAGAUGUCAAUGAGAAGAAAAAUAAAAAGAAGAAAAAGAAGUCAGGUUCUGAAGAAAAUGUUCAGGUAGAAGAUAAACAAGUUGCAGGAAAAGAUUCAGCUCCCAAACCAGAUGAUGAAAACAAGACUGCCAUGGACAUUGAGAACGGACAAGAUGGAAAGGCUUCAGCUGAUGAUGCAGUUGUUAGCAAGAAGAGGAAACUGGAAGAAGUUGAAGGAAGCAAACCCCCUGCCAAAGAAGAUAUCACUGCCACCGAAGAUGAUGUGAAGGAGCCCAGCACUGCAUCGAAAUCAAAUAAACGGCAGAAACUUUCUGAGCCUAAAAUUGCAUUCCAACGGGUAAAGACUGAAGAUAUUAAAUUUGCUGAUGAAAGACUACAAGAUAAUUCAUAUUGGGCCAAGGGUGGCGCCGACUCUGGGUACGGUGCAAAGGCACAGGAAAUUCUUGGACAAGUUAGAGGAAGGGAUUUUAGGCACGAGAAGACCAAGAAGAAGCGCGGAACCUACAAGGGUGGGUUCAUUGAUCUACAAACCCACUCGAUUAAGUUUAACAAUUCAGAUGACGAGUAAUCGCGUCAUUUGUUCGAGCCGUGCGACAUUUCCCAUUCUUGCCCUCGUUACUCGGUCAGUCUUGCUGAACGGAAGAAGUGAAGGCAUGCCUGCUUUGCAGAGAAGAAGCAAAAACAUUGAAUUGUUGUAUCCUGCCCUUUUUGUUAUGCUGCAUGCUCUGUUAAGUCAUCAGAAUUUUGUAAUGGACUCGGUGAGACGUACAUUUUGGCUAUCCCAAUGGGAAAUGAAAUAUUACUACAUAGUAAGUAUCGUUUUA